AUGAAGCUGCAGCAUGUCCGUUCACUGAUUAUGUUUGAGAUCCAAGGGCACAAGUUGCUUGAUCGGUUGGGCGAGUUCACUCUGCUGAGGGUACUUGACAUGGAAGAUUGCAAGGGCCUAGCCAACGAGCAUGUGAAGUAUAUUUGCCAGAUGUACCUUCUCAAGUUCUUGAGCUUGAGGGGUACGUAUAUCAGCUUGAUGCCUGACGAAGUCGGCAAUCUAGAACAUUUGCUGACACUUGAUUUAGAGGAGACGUGCCUUGAUGGUCUACCUGAAACUGUCAGAAAGCUAGAUAAACUUGAGUGCCUCAAGUUCGGGAAAAAGGGCGAGUGGUCCGUCAUGUGGAAAGCACCAAGAGGAGUCUCCAACAUGAAAGCACUGCGUGAGGUGACUAGAAUACUACUCGGUGAUGUUAAGAUUGCUGAAGAGCUUGGUGAACUAGAACAGCUUGAAGCUAUCAUUGUAUAUAUUGACAACAAUGCUCAGCGAGAGGACGUUCGUCAACAGCUUGCCCUCUCCCUGUCCAGGAUGUACUCUCUGCGGUCGCUCAACCUGGGAGAAAUGGAGAGCGACGGUAUGACAAUGGAUUAUCUUAUUGGUCUUCCGCCUCCACACCUCCUUCGAUUCCUUAGGUUCGCUGGGGGAUUGAGUAAAUUACCAGAAUGGGUCGGGUCACUGACAUAUCUUGUUCAGUUUACUCUUUCGUGGGCGCGGUUUAAGGAUAGCCAACUAUGGGAUGUCUUGUGUGAGCUGCCUAGCCUCGAGCUCAUCAUAUUCCAACAUGAAUUCUAUGUUGGCACUGAACUGGUGGUGUCCACGAAGCACAAAUUUCCUGCACUGAAGAACAUGAUGGUGCAGUCCAAUAGACAGUAUCCCGAAGUAUUUGAGUUCGAGGAAGGAUCCAUGACACAGCUAGAGAACCUUACAGUGAAUUUCGAUAAAUGGGAAUCCAAAAGGAUAGUCGGCGUCAAGCACCUGAAGAACCUUAAAGAGGUGAAUCUCACUGGUAACAGAUACAACCCUGCACUGGGCCGUGCUCUCAAGGAGUUAGAGAAAGAGAGUAAUAGUCGCUCCAAGCCUACCCGGUUUACAGUUACAGUAACAUACGAUUGA